AUGGCUCUGUCCCAGGGACUACUGACCUUCAGGGAUGUGGCCGUAGAGUUCUCCAGGGAGGAGUGGGCGUGCCUGGCCCCUGCCCAGAGGGCUCUGUACUGGGACGUGAUGUUGGAGAACUACAGGAACCUGGUCUCGCUCGGACUCUUCUCUUCUGAGAUGAGUCUUCUCUCCAUGUUGAAGACGGGGACAGAGCCCUGGACUGUGGAGAACAAGGGGAAAAUGGCGAAAAACUCAGAUCCUGCAGCCUUGGCCUCCCCGUGUAGUCAUGAGAUCCAUCAUGCCUCAGGAGGCACCGGAUUGUGCCCCCAGAAGCUUUACAAAGGUAUUGAAUGUGACAAAGCCUUUAAGUGUGGCUCAAACAUCACUAAUACCAGAGAGAGACCAUAUAAAUGUAAGGUAUGUGGCAAGUUCUUUCGUCAGAACUCAAACCUUGCAAAUCAUCUGAGAAUUCAUACUGGAGAGAAACCUUACAAAUGCAGUGAGUGUGGCAAAGCCUUUAGGUGGCGCUCCGUUCUCACCAAACAUCAGAGAAUCCAUACCGGUGAGAAACCACACAAAUGCAGUGAGUGUGGCAAAGCCUUUAGGUGGCGCUCCGUUCUCACCAAACAUCAGAGAAUCCAUACCGGUGAGAAACCACACAAAUGCAGUGUGUGUGGCAAGGCUUUCAUCCAAAGAGCAAACCUUGUGAAACAUCACCGAAUUCACACCGGAGAGAAACCUUACAAAUGUAAUGAGUGUGGGAAGGCUUUUAUCAAUAAUUCAAACCUUGCAGAACAUCAGAGAAUUCACACUGGAGAGAAACCUUACAAAUGUGUUGAUUGCGGCAAAGCCUUUAAAUGCAGCUCAAAUCUCACCAGCCAUCAGAGAAUCCAUAAUGGAGAGAAACCAUAUAAAUGUAAUGUAUGUGGCAAAGUGUUUAAUCACAGAUCAAGCCUUACAACUCAUCAUAGAAUUCACACUAGAGAGAAACCUUACACAUGUAACGAAUGUGGCCAGACUUUUGUCCAAAGUGCAAGCUUUGUGAAACAUCAAAGAAUUCAUACUGGAGGGAAACCAUACAAAUGUAAUGAGUGUGGUAAGGAAUUUGCCGUGUGUUCAUACCAGUUGAUUCAUGAGAGAAUUCAUAUUGGAGAGAAGAUGUACAAAUCCGUGCCCCCCUCUAGCUCCUCAUGA